UUAGGAGUCUGGCACAUCUCUGGAUUUGGUUUUUGUAAAGAGCUAAAAGUCAACAACAACUGGAGAUCCAGUUCUAUAAAUGGGAAUGAUAUAAGUAAAUAUAAUAAUGUUAAUAUUUUAUAUAUAAUGUUAUUCAUAAAUAUAACCUUCCACCUUACGGCGUGGUCAUUCUAAACGAAUAAACAGCACCUGCACAGCAGUUAUAAUUAGUAAAACAAACGAGCCGAAUUCUCCUUGAGGUUUUAGAAUGGCUCUAAGAGUUUUAAAAAUCAGCCACGCUUACAGGUUUGUAAAAAACAAUCUUUUCCAACCCAACAACCUUAACGCCAGGCCCAGGGGAUCCGACGCCUUCCCUUUGGCCUGCACCGACACAGCACUCAGCAGGUGGCAGCCUCCCACACGGAGCCCAAGCGUCCUGCCUGCUCCCCGAGUCCGCAAAGGCAUGGUCCGGGACGGCGCACAACAGCAUCCUAGCGUGGGUCGGACAGGGUUGGAGCCUGGGGCUGCUUUGAGGCCAAGACAAGGAAAGCGCCCGCACGUCUCUUCGUGGGCCGCACGCCAAGUGCGUAAGGGUCAAGAGGGGUCACGCACUGCGCGGAGCCUACUGGGAACGCCUUGCAAAAUGGCGACUCCCAGUUUGCGCGGCCGCUUGGCGCGGUUUGCGAACCCAGGGAAACCUGUCCUGAAACCCAACAAGCCUCUUAUCCUAGCUAACUCUGUUGGGAACAGACGCCGAGAGAAGGGCGUUCUUCCCUUCCAGAGGCGACCUGUAUCACGGAGAUGUCGAUGAUGAUGGCUUGCUGGAAACAGAAUGAAUUCCGCGACGAGGCGUGCAGAAAAGAGAUCCAGGACUUCUUCGAUUGUUCUUCCAAAGCUCAGGUGACA